CCUUAUUGACAACGCAAUUGCAUUGGAUAUUCACAUUCAUCAACAAAACAUAUCAACGAUAAACUAUUUUGCGUCUUAUGUCUAUCACUGUAAAGAUCGUAAUUAAUUGACGAUAUAAUAAACUUAUCUCCUUUUGGCAUUCACGAACACUUAGUGUUCAUUUUUUCGAUCUAUUCUUAUGUUAUGUAGUUUGUUAUGUUUGAUUUUGUAUUUAAAACUUCAGUGACAUUGAAUUUUAAACUACAUACAUACUCACAUGAAUAUAUACACGAAAAAUAACUUGAAUUUAAGCGUGUCGCUUUGUGUCAGUUUUUAUUUAUAGGCUUAUGUGCUGUGAACUGUCAAUGUUGUUAUAAUUUUAAAUUGUUUGUGUCUAAUAACAAAACGUAUCACGUAUUAGACUAAUAAGUGCUUAAUUAGUUUUGCAUCCAGCUGACCUUUGCGACAAUCGAAGGGCGAUUCGCAAUAAAUAAUGGCUUCUUGCAAGCCGAUUACAAAGAAAGUGAUCAACUCCCCGGAGUCAUGUGUCGAUGACAACCUCCGCGGCGUCGUGGCUCUGUAUCCCAAGUUGCUUCUGCAUCCGAAGCAUCGCGUCGUUACUUUGAGGAGAAAGAAUGAUUCAGGGAGAGUGGCAGUUCUCGGCGGCGGCGGUUCCGGUCAUGAACCCUUUGCAGCUGGUCUCAUCGGGCCGGGCAUGUUGGACGGCGCGGUGGCGGGCGGCGUGUUCGCGUCGCCCCCGACCGGGAACGUGUUGUAUGCGAUCACACAGCUUUACAAAUACAACUCAGGUGGAGUUCUAGUGCUUCUAGGGAACUACACGGGAGACCGCUUAAACUUUGGUAAAGCCUUCGAAAAGGCUAAGAAUGCGGGAAUUAAGGUCGAAGGUUUCAUAGUCGGUGAAGAUGUGGCUUCGAGCCAAAAUAAAACUGGUGGCAGGAGCAUGUGCGGAGAGGUCUUCCUGUAUAAGUUAUGUGGUGCAAUGGCGGCGGAAGGACACGACUUGCUAUCAAUACGCAACAUGGCGUCAGAGGUUAACAAAAAUAUGGCUACCCUCGGAGUGUGUCUAAGUGCCUGUUCACUGCCUGGUCAGCCACCUCUAUUCGAUAUUGCACAAGAUGAGAUGGAGCUCGGAGCGGGCGUGCACGGAGAGGCUGGAAUCGAGAAGUUGAAAAUGGGUUCCGCCAAAGAAACUGUAGUUCUCAUACUCGAUAAGAUCAGAGCCCAUCUCAAACUACAGUCCAAAAACCGAGUGGCAGCCAUGAUUAAUAACUUGGGCGGGACAUCUCUCUUGGAAAUUAACAUAAUCGCUGCAGAAAUUAAAGAUUAUUUGGAUCGAAAGCAAAUAAAAAUGGAGCGUAUUUACUCUGGCCACUUCAAGACGUCAUUGGAGAUGCAUGGUUUCCAAAUUUGCCUUUUGGACCUGAGUGGGGAGCGUGGGGACUCGUGGCUGCGUCUCCUCGACGCUCCCUCGGGGGCCGGGGCCUGGAGCGGAUGUGAUUUAUCUGUCGGAGGGCCAGGGGGCUUGGCGGAGGAUGACGACUUACCACAGGCUGGUGAGGGAAAGAUCACUUCCGGCCCCACUCUAUCUGUCCAAGAACAGGAAAUACUUCGCGGGAGUCUUCGCGCUGCAUCAAUUGUGUUGGUGGAAAAUGAGGAGCUGCUGAAUAGACUGGAUUCAGGGUGCGGAGACGGCGACUGCGGGAUCACACUCAAAAAGUUUGCGAACGCGGUUUUGAAGUAUUUGGAGACAGCUUCGUUAGAAUAUCCCUCGAACGUGCUGUGGGAGUUGUCGGAAAUGGCGGAAACAGACAUGGGAGGUACGUCUGGAGGAAUUUACAGUUUGGGAUUGUCAGCUGCGUCGCAAGCUUUGUCCAAGGCUGAAUCCAAUGACAGAAGCGCGUGGUUGUCAGCAAUGUGCAGUUCAGCGACCGCUAUUUCUAAGUACGGAGGAGCGGAGCCUGGGGACUGCACUAUGCUGGACACACUGCACUCAGCUGCGAUGGCGUUUAAAGAGAACUUGGGAGAUGACCUCCAAACCCUUCUUCUAAAAAUCAAUGAAGCAGCCGAGAGAGGGGCGAAAGCUACCGCUGAUAUGAUUCCAAGAGCGGGGCGCGCGUCGUACGUGGCGCGCGCACACUCUCGCGGGGAGGACGCGGGCGCGCGGGCGCUGGCGCUGCUGCUGCGCGCCGCGCUGGAUAUGAGUUAGCGUGAGAAAACAUAGCGUUCUCCUCUCCAUCCCUCCAACCGACCCGACGUCUUCCCGAGGAAUACAACGACGACUGCUUACUUUGAACAGCUGAUGUGAAUAUCUGACAAUAUUAAAAAUACCAGCAGCUCGCUUGCUCGCUGCCCCAUUAAACUGCCCACUCUUUGCUCGCUGCCGCAGUAAAAUGACGAUGAAAAUGUGAAUUAAGUACUGGCAGAUCAACCGAUCGAUUUAACUGUAUUGUUUAAGUGCGAAUAAUUGAAAACACUAAAAAAAAAAAUAUAAUCAUUUUAUAUAACUCAAAAUCAUAAAACUGUCAACAUUUAAAAUAUUAUGCCGGAUAUUAUAACUGUGUCGGAGAGGUGCUGACCUGCCGUAAAUAAGGUCGCACUGCAAAAAUAUCAGUCACCUAAGAAAACUCAACAGAAGUUCUUAAUAGUCAGAUCCAGUC